UUGAUUAUUUGUGUGGUGAAGAGAAGAGAUAACAUUCCUAAGAAGAUUACACAGAGAUCAGUUUUUGAGCAUCCUCUCAUCUCUCAAAGCCAAAGCUCUCUCCCUCUCUCUGUCUCUGCUUGUGUAGCCAUGGCUAACUCGAUAAUGGCUUCCUCCAAACCCCUCAUCUCCCUCUCCUCCUCAACUCAACCAACCCGCGUCAACCUCCCCAAAUCCAUCAAACUCCCCCAGAUCCCCAAACCCAUCUCCUCCUCCCUCAGCAGCAAGGCUCUGUCUUUCUCCUCCGCCACCGUAAAGUCUCUAGCUUUAAUCGCCGCCCUCGCUCCCCCUUCCAUGGCCGAAGCUAUGGAGAAGGCGCAGCUCUUCGACUUCAACCUCACGCUCCCGAUCAUCGUCGUGGAGUUUCUCUUCCUGAUGUUCGCGCUCGACAAGGUGUAUUAUUCGCCGCUUGGGAACUUUAUGGAUAAGAGAGACGGUGAGAUUAAGGAGAAGCUCGCGAGCGUGAAGGACACUUCCGCUGAGGUGAAGGAGCUCGAUGAACAGGCUGCUGCUGUGAUGAGGGCGGCUAGGGCUGAGAUCGCCGCCGCGCUUAAUAAGAUGAAGAAGGAGACGCAGGUGGAGGUAGAGGAGCAGCUGGCGGUAGGGAGGAAGAAGGUGGAGGCGGAGCUGCAGGAAGCGUUGGCGAGCUUGGAGAAGCAGAAGGAGGAGACCAUUAAGGCUUUGGAUUCUCAGAUCGCUGCUCUUAGUGAAGACAUUGUCAAGAAGGUUCUUCCUUCUUAAAAACAAAGCUGUUGUUCUGUCUUUCUCAAUCCUCAAUUUAUAUGGAAAUUACUGUAAAUCUCUCUUGCUUUCUCUCUAUGUCUAUGUCUUUGUCUGAUCGUUCGAUGGAUCAACAACAAUUUUAUAUGUAAGUUUUUAUAAAUGAUGAUUAGCUCUCUUUUCUUAUUUA